AACAGUGCCAAUUUGGCGGACAAAAUAUUUGUAGCGAACUAGAUGAACGAACAAUAUUGUCAUUCGUUCAUUUGAGUCAGUAGCUCGAUUAAACGUGUUCCGAUACAACUCUACUGCUGUUUCGCCUACGCCAUUUAUUUGCAAGGAAAAAAUAAAUUAACAAAACAGAAGAAUCAUGCUGGCGCUUAUCAACAGAAUCCUGGACUGGUUUAAGAGCAUCUUCUGGAAAGAGGAGAUGGAACUGACCCUGGUCGGCCUGCAAUUCUCAGGCAAAACGACAUUCGUCAAUGUUAUUGCAUCCGGUCAGUUCGCAGAGGAUAUGAUACCCACAGUUGGUUUUAAUAUGCGCAAAAUCACCAAAGGCAACGUGACCAUCAAGGUGUGGGAUAUAGGGGGCCAGCCACGUUUUCGUUCCAUGUGGGAGCGCUACUGUCGCGGCGUGAAUGCAAUUGUUUAUAUGGUGGAUGCGGCUGAUUUGGACAAAUUGGAAGCGUCACGCAAUGAGCUGCACUCGCUGCUAGACAAGCCGCAGCUAAAUGGCAUUCCAGUGCUCGUCCUGGGCAAUAAACGUGAUCUUCCAGGCGCUCUCGAUGAGACCGGGCUCAUUGAGCGAAUGAAUCUGUCCAGCAUACAGGAUCGGGAGAUUUGUUGUUAUAGUAUUUCGUGUAAGGAAAAGGACAACAUCGACAUAACGCUGCAGUGGUUAAUUCAGCAUUCGAAAAGCCAAAGUCGUUAGAUUAUAGCCUAACAUUUACACGCACACACACACACACACAAUACACACACAUACACAUAUACACAAAUUGAUGCACUCUCUCGCAUACACACUGAACAACUAACUUAAUUUGCAGAAUAUUAAUUUAAAGUAGACUGUUAAUUGAUGUAUGAGAAUGAUUGAAUGAGCAAAAGUUAUUGCAAUGGCUCGUUAUGAUUGUUGGCAUGUGUGUUUGUAUGAUAAAUUGUAGAUCGUGUUCGAGUGUUGAUGGUGCAGUGCAUAGAAUUCGCGUUAGGUGGGCGGGAGUUACUCGACGUUAGGACCAAAAAUCUCGAAUUGUAGUUCACAAAUGACAAAGGACUAAUGAAAAAUAGCCAACGGAUUCUGUAUAAAACUGAAUAUAAAAACGCAAACAUACACACACACCCACACACACACACACACAUAUAUACCCUUGACUUAUACAAUCCCAUUGUACACAGCGAGAAAUCGCAUAGUAUUUUGCAUAAUGAUGUGCUUUCACCUCAUACAGCCGUUGAAUUUGGUGUCUAUCAAUUUGUUGCUUGUAUGAACAAUAGUUAGGCUUAUGUUUAGUGUUUUAUUGGUGUGAUUAUAAACUAUUAAUUUUUUUAUCAUUUUAUAUAUAUAUAUAGAGAUAUACAAAUACAAAUUAUGAUUUACAUAUGUAAUAAAUAUGCAAAUAUUUAUAUUUAUAGUUUACAUUUUUGCUUAGCGAAAAUUUUUUAAAAAUGAAAUACGUUUGAAAAUAUAUACAUACAAAGUACAUACUUGCAACAAAAAUCAACUAAUAGAAUGUUUGCAAGCUUAAAUGCCAUUGCUAAAGAAACAAGUAUAAUUAUCAAAAAAUAAUAUUUAAUAAUAAUUGAUACCAGUGUAAGAUACAUGCAUAUACCUAUUGUUCUGUUUCUGUAUCAGCGAAUUUUGUGAGCGUUAACUUUAAAUGCAAGCGCCGGCACGCUUUAUGUAUGACAUCUCUUUCACACACGCAAACACCCAUGGUUAAAUCAUGCUUAUGUACUAUAAUUUAUAUUUUAAUAACCAAUUCCAAUUACUAACAACAUUAUCUAACUGACAAAGUACACGCCCAAAAAGCGAACAAACGCAAAACUAAUAAAGACUAUUAUAAAAGAA